AUGGUCGGAUGCGACAUGUGUGACAUCUGGUUGCACCAGGAGUGCGCAGGCAUAACGAGCGAGACCCAUGACCCUAAUAAAAGUUGGCGCUGCGAGCGAUGUAUACAUGACGAGGCGACGGAAAUAGCCAGCAACCGUACCCGGCACACUACAAGGACGUCAAGCAGCAUUCGGGCACAACGGGCAGAGUUGGCCUUGAAGCUUCUCGAGGAGGAGCAAGAACUUAUCAAGAGGAACCGCGAAAAGGAGGAUGAAUUCCGGAAAAAGGAGGAGGAAAUACAGCGCAAGAGAGCCGAGCAAGAUGCAGAGCUGCUGAAACAGAAGCAUCAGCUGCUUCAGUCUUUGGAGGACGGAAGCGGUAGUGUUAGAAGCGGAAUGAGUAGUAGCGCAAGCCGGAAGAAGGUCGAAUCGUGGCUUGGAACCAAUCGUGGCGCUGUUCAAAUUCCUCUAGCUGAACAGCCACAGGAAUCUGGAUCAACUCAUCCCGCAGACCCAGCGGUAACGAUGGCAGUAUCCUCAUCGUCGGAGCUGAAGUCUGGUCUCGAUUCCUUCGAGCCAACAGCAACGAAGGCCAACAACAAUAUGCCGCUGCAAUGUACGCCAUCAGGUGGGCAAUUAGCAGCGCGACAGGUGAUGCCGCGGGAUCUACCAUCAUUUUCCGGAGACCCACAAGACUGGCCGUUGUUUUCUAGUUCGUUUUAUAAUUCUACGGCAGCCUGCGGAUACACGGACGUGGAAAACCUUGCCCGCUUGCAGCGCUGCUUGAAGGGACAUGCGCUGGAGUCCGUGAAGAGCCGCUUGUUAAUGCCGCAGUCAGUUCCGCACGUGAUGGAAACUCUACGGAUGCUGUACGGGCGACCGGACAUCCUGAUCCAUUCUCUGCUGCAGAAGCUACGAAAUGUUGCCUCACCAAGAAAUGAGAAUUUGCAGUCAAUAAUCAACUACGGAAUGGCAGUGCGCAAUCUUGUCGACCAUAUGUUCAUUGCGGAUUUAGGCGAUCACCUACGAAAUCCUAUGUUGCUUUAUGAACUGGUAGAAAAACUUCCACCACAAAUGCGAAUGCAAUGGUCCUGGUACAAGCGCUCAAUUGCUGAGGUCAACCUGGCGACAUUCGGUGAAUUCAUGUCAGAGUUAGUAAAGACAGCGACAGAUGUUACGAUUCCGGUGGAUUCUUCAAGCCAGACUAAAUCAUCCAACUCAGGACGAGACAAGCAAAAACUGUAUGCCCACGCAGAAGCUGAUGGUUGCCAAUCAGCAGAAGUAAUGUCGGAUAGGCAGCCUCAUUUUAGAGAUUCGGAAAGUACGAAGAGACUGUGCGCUUACUGUUCUGAUGACGAUCAUGAAGUCGCGCGAUGCCCCCAGUUCAAGGCUUUAGAUCUCGACGGAAGGUGGAAAGCGAUUCGAUCGAAAGGACUUUGCAGAACCUGCUUGAUUCCACAUCGGAAAUGGCCGUGCCGUUCGGGCAAGGAGUGUGGAGUGGAUGGCUGCCGAUUCCGUCAUCAUACCCUGCUACACUCGCGUCUGGAGUCAACGGGUGAUGCGAAGACUAGCGAAAACGUCGCGCGACAAAAUUACCAUUCAGUGAACAGAUUCUCUCUGUUUCGCUAUCUGCCCGUAACACUCGAAGGGAACGGAAAGAAGGUGAAUACGUUUGCCUUUCUGGAUGACGGAAGUGAGUCUACGUUAAUGGAGUCUGGACUUGCAGCGGAACUGGACGUCAGCGGCCCCGAAGAACCUUUCUGGUUAGGCUGGACUGGGAAUAUAUCUCGAGAAGAGAAAGGCUCCCAGCGAAUCUCAGUAGCGAUUUCAGGAACAGGACUGAAAAGCCAAUUCCGACUAAACAACGUACGCACGGUGCAGUCUUUAAAGCUACAAAGUAAAUCACUCCCCUACCUCGAACUUCAGAAAAUGUAUCCACACCUGAGAGGACUCCCGUUGCGCAGCUACACAGACGCGGUACCGAGGAUCAUCAUCGGCAUCGAGCAUGCGCAGAUGCUUACGACUUUGAAAGUGCGAGAAGGCGGUGCAAACGAUCCAAUUGCAGCGAAGACGCGGCUAGGCUGGUGCGUUUACGGAAAACAGGUCGACGGUGGAUGUACAGUUUCCAGGCUUAAUUCCCAUUCCGACGAGAUCGGGAACCGAGAGUUACACGAGCAGAUGAAGCAGUAUUUCAACAUCGAGCAAGCAGCGGUGGCUACUCCACUAGAGUCAGAGGAGGACAAAAGAGCUCGCAGAAUACUGGAGAAAACAACUAGAAGGGUCGAUGGCGGGUUCGAGACCGGACUCCUGUGGAAGUAUGACCAUCCAUUGUUCCCAAACAGCUAUCCACUUGCGGUGCGCAGGAUGCAGUCAUUGGAGAAGCGGCUGGCCAAAGAACCAGGUCUUAAAGAACGAGUGAAUAAUCAGAUAGCAGAGUACGAGUCGAAAGGAUACGCCCACCGAAUAUCACAAGAGGAAAUUGAGACAACAAAUCCGGAUCGUGUAUGGUACCUGCCACUUAGCAUCGUGACGAAUCCGAAGAAGCCGGAGAAAAUCCGUCUGAUUUGGGACGCUGCAGCUCGAGUCAACGGCGUUUCUUUCAACGACAUGCUCAUCAAAGGACCAGACAUGUUGACGUCAAUGUUCACAGUCCUGCUACGGUUCCGUCAGCGUUCAGUUGCCGUGUGUGGAGACAUAAAAGAAAUGUUCCACCAAGUUCGGAUCAUCCCACAAGAUAAGCAAUCGCAGCGGUUCAUCUAUCGAGAUCAUCCAGAUCAAUCCCCUCAGAUAUUCGUUAUGGAUGUUGCAACGUUCGGUGCGACAUGCUCACCGUGUUCCGCACAGUUCGUCAAGAACACCAACGCCCAGAACUACGCAUCGCAAUUCCCAAGAGCUGCGGAUGCGAUCGUUAAUGCCCAUUAUGUCGAUGACUACCUUGACAGUGUAGACACGAUCGACGAAGCGGUCAAAUUGGUGAAAGAUGUAAAGUUCGUUCAUGCUCAAGGUGGUUUCGACAUCCGGAACUUCUCAUCCAACUCGGCUGAAGUGUUACAACGUCUGGGCGAGACCGAGAACGUGAAGGAGAAAUCAAUCAUUCUUGAUAAAUCUUCGGUUACGGAGCGUGUUCUGGGGAUGGUGUGGAGACCAACGGUUGACGUAUUCACCUUUGAUACCACUCUGAAAGAUGAUCUUACGAGGCUACUGGUAGAAGGAGACACACCCACAAAACGGCAGGUGUUGAGGCUCGUAAUGUCGCUGUUUGACCCUUACGGGUUCAUCGCCCAUUUCAUCAUUCACGGCAAGAUCCUCAUGCAGCACAUUUGGAGAUCUGGAACAGACUGGGACGAAAAGAUUGUGGAUGAGCUCCACGAUCUGUGGAAGGACUGGACACGUCUCUUGAUGCAAUUGGGCGAAGUAGAGGUUCCCCGCUGUUUUUUCGGUACGGCAAAUAGUAAACUGCACAGUGGGAUACAGCUUCACGUGUUCGUCGACGCAAGUGAGUUAGCGUAUGCUUGCGUUGCAUAUUUGCGUAUCGUCCAUGAUGGUAAAGUGCGGUGCGUGUUAGUUGCAGCGAAGACGAAGGUGGCGCCGCUUAAACCGCUCUCCAUCCCACGCUUGGAGCUGCAAGCCGGCCUGAUAGGCAGCCGAUUGCUGAACAACAUCUGUACUGCCUUGGAUCUGCCAAUAGAAAAGCGGUACGUUUGGACAGAUUCCAGAACAUCUCUCGCGUGGAUUCGCUCGGAUAGUCGCCGCUAUCAUCCAUACGUGGGCUUUCGUGUCGGCGAGAUUCUUAAUUUUUCUACCGUCGAUGAGUGGCACUACGUUCCAUCGAAACAGAACGUGGCUGACGACGCCACCAAGUGGGGAGUUGGACCUAGCUUUAGUGCAAGUAGUCGUUGGUACACGGGUCCGGAUUAUCUCUUCUUGCCAGAGAACGAAUGGCCAGAGCAGCCAGUGAAACAAUUGAUGACCGAUGAGGAGCUACGUACUGGACUGCAGCAUCAUCGAGAAAUGUCGCAGCCUCUGAUUGACGUGAGAAGAUUCUCGAAUUGGAACCGCUUGUUACGCACGACGGCGUAUUUGUUGCGCGCAGUGAAGAUGUUCCGAACGCGAGGCCAAUCUGGACCGCUAACCAGCGAGGAGUUGCUGCAGGCUGAAAGCUUGUUGUGGCGACAGGUGCAGUAUGAAACAUUUCCCGACGAGUACUGUGUGCUGGAGUUCAACAAAGCGAAUCCUGAGAAAGAGCAGAAGCGAAUCGAGAAGGGCAGUCCAUUGUACGAACAGUCACCGUUUAUGGAUAAUGUGGGCGUGAUAAGGAUGAAUAGCAGGAUUGGUGCUGCUUCCACCGUACCCUUUGGAACGAAAUAUCCGAUAAUUUUGCCGAAAGAUCACUAUCUGACAGCUCUUCUGGUCGACAGUUACCACAGGCGAUACAAACAUCAGAACCGUGAAACUGUUUUCAACGAAAUACGUCAGCAAUUUCGUAUCCCGAAGUUGCGGCCUCUGAUCCAACGUGUAGCCCGGAGCUGCCAGAGUUGCAAACUUCAGAAGUCAACACCACGACCACCGAUAAUGGCACCACUUCCGAAGGCCCGGUUGACACCCCACAUCCGGGCGUUCAACCACACCGGCGUCGACUACUUCGGCCCAAUCCUGGUAAAGCAGGGUCGCAGUUUGGUGAAACGCUGGGUUGCACUCUUUACGUGUCUUACUACACGAGCGGUGCACCUGGAGAUAGUGCACAGCCUUUCAACACAAUCCUGUGUGAUGGCAAUCCGCCGAUUCGUUGCGCGCAGAGGAUCCCCGUCCGACCUUUACUCAGAUAACGGGACCUGCUUUCGCGGAGCUAGCAACCUGUUGACGGAGCAGAUGGAAGCUAUCCACGAACACUGCGCUGUGACCUUCACCAAUGCUAGAACGAGCUGGCACUUCAAUCCCCCAUCUGCACCUCACAUGGGGGGCUGCUGGGAACGGAUGGUGCGUUCGGUGAAGGCAGCUAUGGGGGCCAUCUCAGAGCAUCCUCGUCAUCCAAGUGACGAGAUUCUAGAGACUGUAGUAUUGGAAGCCGAAGCGAUCGUGAACUCACGACCGCUGACCUACGUACCACUCGACAAUGAAGAUCAAGAUGCAUUAACACCAAACCAUUUUCUACUGUACGGCUCAAGUGGUGUGGUGCAACCACGGACUUCACUGGUGACGGACGGCGCCACGCUACGGGACAGCUGGAAACUUGCCCAGUAUCUAGCAGAUUUGUUUUGGAAACGCUGGGUUCGUGAGUAUCUACCUACGCUGACUAGACGGACUAAGUGGUUCGAGCCUGCGAAGCCUAUGGGACCCGGAGAUUUGGUCAUUAUCAUCGACGAAAACAAGCGAAAUGGAUGGAUACGAGGACGUAUCGUUGAAGUUACACGAGGCAGGGACGGUCAAGUCCGAAGUGCAGUUGUAAGGACCGCAGAAGGGUGUAUGAAACGACCAGUAGUAAAGUUAGCGUUGCUAGAUGUUUGCGAAAACCAGCAGGGUGGACCCCCGGAACUACACGGGAGGGGGGAUGUUGAGAACCGCCCAUCUUCCAACACUGCCGAAGGUGGUGUAGAUUCCGGUCGCUCCCCGAUAGCUGUCAACGCGACAGCGGUGGAAAACGAAUGUCAGAAUAAAGAGGAUAGACAUUGA